AUUUUUUAAUCGAGAAAUUUAAUAAAAAUUAAGCAAAUGUCUAAAAAAAAGCAAAAAAUACAAAAAAAUAUUCAAGAUUUAAAAAGAGGACUUAAUAUUCAAAAAACAACUUUAUUGAAUAAUAAUGAAGUAGAAUUAAAAUUAAAAAAAAAAAGGAAACUCAAUAAUAUAAUUGAAAAAGCAGAAUAUAAAUCUAAAAAACACUGUUCUUUUGAUAAGGAUUUUAAAAACGUAGAUGAAAAUGGAUCUUUAUUGGAUAAAGAUUAUAAAGAAGAUUUUCAAAUAAAUCAUACGUCCAAUAUAAACAAAUUACUAUUAGAUAAUGAUAGUAAUAUCCUAGAUAAUACUGAUACCAAUUCAUUGAAUGGAUUUGAAAGUGAUGAUUUUAAUAAUAAAAAAAGUUUUCCUCAAGAUGAUAUAUUUUUACAAAAUAAAAUGACCCAAAAAAAAGACACUCAAAAUGUUCAAGAAUUAUCUAAAGUAAUAUAUUUGGGAAGAAUUCCACAUGGAUUCUAUGAACUAGAAAUGAAAAAUUAUUUUGAGCAAUUUGGCACAGUAACUCGCAUUAAACUAUCUCGUAAUAGAAGAACAGGGAAAUCAAAGCAUUAUGCAUUUAUAGAAUUUGAAUCUUCUGAAGUAGCUAAAAUUGCCGCAAAAGCAAUGAAUAAUUAUUUACUUUUUGGACAUAUUUUAAAAUGUUCUGUUAUUUCUAAAGAGAAACUUCAUAAAUCUAUGUUUAUUGGCGCAAAUAAACGAUUUAAACCAAUACCAUGGUCCAGGAUAACCAUGAAACGUCUUGAAGAAGCAAAAACCAAAGAGCAAUGGAUAAGAUUGCAGAAAAGAAAUAACAAGCGUCUUAAGAAAAAAAAAGAACUAUUAAAAAAGUUGGGGAUUGAUUAUCAAUAUGAUAAAAAUAAAUAAUACUUUCAUAAAAAAUAUUUAAAUUCCAUAAAAUGUAUAUUUUCUU